AUGGCGAUCAAGCAUAACCAGCAGAUUCAGAAGAAUCACUUCCACAAGGACUGGCAACGUCGUGUGCGCUGCCAUUUCGAUCAGCCAGGCCGCAAGCUGCGCCGCCGCAAUGCUCGUGUUGCGAAAGCCGCGGCUGUAGCUCCUCGUCCCGUCGACAAGCUCCGCCCUGUUGUGCGAUGCCCGACCAUCAAGUACAACCGCCGCGUGCGCGCUGGUCGUGGCUUCACCUUGGCUGAGCUGAAGGCUGCUGCUAUCCCCCGCAAGCUCGCACCCACCAUCGGUAUCUCCGUCGACCCCCGCCGCCAGAACAUCUCCGAGGAGAGCCUCAAGGCCAACGUCGAGCGUCUCCAGGAAUACAAGAAGCGCCUCAUCCUGUUCCCCCGCCGCCACGGCAAGACCAAGACCGGUGACGCCUCCGCCGAGGACGUCAAGGCCGCGAAGAAGGGCGACACCCUCUCCUCCAUCGCGUCGGUCCUGCCCAUCAAGAACGUCAUCGAGUUCACCGAGGCCAAGAUCGGCUCCGUCGAGAAGACCGAGAGCCCGUACAAGACGCUGCGUGCUGCGCGCUCCGAGGCCAGGCUUGUGGGUGUGCGGGCCAAGCGCGCCCAGGCGAAGGCUGAUGAGAAGGAGUCGGCGAAGAAAUAGGUGCUGCGGUAGCAGAAAAAGUGCUCUGGGCGAUUGUGUGCUGGAGAUGGCAUACCGGUGUUUUCUCAUGGCUACUGGAUCUCGUCCUGCGGGACUCAUCGCUGGUUCACGGACUGGCGGUGGCUCGAAAUUCAAUACACAUUCUAGACGUCAAUGAAUCAGUCUGUUUGUGAAAAUGUUUGAGAUUUACAUGUAACGUUUGACGUUUUAAUUCAAUCUUCGACCUGGCGCUGAUGGGCCUAACUUAGUAACGCAAAACACCAGUUAAUCAAACUCACGUGGAGUAUCGAGACUACUGGUCUAUAUGAUUUGCUGGCGCGGUCGAGUCGUGUUUUGAACAUCGAUGCCAUCCAAAAAUGUCAAUGAGGG